AAGACUUGAGUGCAUGCCACUUUCGUUGAAAUAUUAAAAUUUUGUCAUGGAUUUAGUACGGUGCAUCCCUGCUUUGGUUUUAUUAUUUUUGGGCAAUGUAAUACCAAAUGUGGCUUCAGUUAGAAUGUGGGAUAGAGCCACUGUUGUUUGUGAUACUAAUGGCAAAAAGCAUGUGGUCGAGGAAAAUUCUGAUCGAGUUGUAAAUUUAGAUGCCAACUGUCAGUCGGGAGAAAUAGCUUGGAGACUCAGCACGACCUAUGUGUAUCUGAGAUUCCGAAAACCCUCUGCAUUUAAGGUUUGCUUUAGUAGCAAUGCCAUACCAAGUUUGGAAAAAUACAGCGUUUACAAGAUGUCAAGUGGAUCUCCAGUUUAUUCAGGAAGUCCAAACCAAGAUGGUGACAUUUGUGUGAUGUCCUCGGGGUUUAACCUUGACAUAGCACUGGAGGCUUUGGAUACUUUUUAUGUAUUAACAGCCAAAUUUAAAGUCAACUGUGUCUAAUUUUGAUAAAUCUUUGUAGGAAAUAUAAAUAAACCUAUAAAGGUAG